GGAAUUGGAGCCGAGGAGGAGCUGAAAAUGCAGAUUUAGCAUCAAGCACAGACAUACACUAGCUCUUUCUCUCGGGUACACAUAGCUCCGCACAUUCGCACCCCUGCCAGCCAGCCCGGCUGCGCGACUCCUCGGCUUCCCUGGCAGCCAGCUGCUGGUGGACAGCGCACAGAUUUGCUGCUUGUCAAGCUUCUCUUUUGCCUCUUUUGCUAUAAAAAGAUUUUUAAAAAGAAAAACAGAAACAAAAACUACAUACCUAUUUUUUAUUUGCAUCUUCCCUCCUCGUCCCCUUGCUCCACCCGCCUGCGCGCUUCGCAGCCCCACUUUUCACUCCCAAAGAAGGAUGGAGGGCGGUUGUGGAUCCCAGUGGAAGGCGGCUGGGCUCCUCUUCUGUGUCAUGGUUUUUGCGUCUGCCGAGAGACCCGUCUUCACGAAUCAUUUUCUUGUGGAGUUGCAUAAAGACGGAGAGGAAGAGGCUCGCCAAGUUGCAGCAGACCACGGCUUUGGAGUCCGAAAGCUCCCUUUUGCAGAAGGCCUGUAUCACUUUUAUCACAAUGGCCUUGCAAAGGCCAAAAGAAGACGCAGCCUACACCACAAGCAGCAGCUGGAGAGAGACCCCAGGGUGAAGAUGGCCCUACAACAAGAAGGAUUUGACCGUAAAAAGAGAGGGUACAGGGACAUCAAUGAGAUUGACAUCAACAUGAACGAUCCCCUUUUUACAAAGCAAUGGUACCUGUUCAACACUGGGCAAGCUGAUGGCACUCCUGGGCUAGACUUGAACGUGGCUGAAGCCUGGGAGCUGGGAUACACCGGGAAAGGAGUGACCAUUGGAAUUAUGGAUGAUGGAAUCGAUUAUCUCCACCCAGACCUGGCCUACAACUAUAACUCUGACGCAAGUUAUGACUUCAGCAGCAACGAUCCCUAUCCCUACCCACGAUAUACAGAUGACUGGUUCAACAGCCAUGGAACCAGGUGUGCAGGAGAAGUUUCCGCAGCAGCCAGCAACAAUAUCUGUGGAGUCGGUGUGGCAUACAACUCCAAGGUGGCAGGUAUCCGGAUGCUGGACCAGCCUUUUAUGACAGACAUCAUCGAGGCCUCCUCUAUCAGUCACAUGCCUCAAAUGAUAGACAUCUACAGUGCCAGCUGGGGUCCCACAGACAAUGGGAAGACGGUUGAUGGACCCCGGGAGCUCACACUCCAGGCCAUGGCUGACGGUGUGAACAAGGGCCGUGGGGGAAAAGGCAGCAUCUACGUGUGGGCUUCCGGCGAUGGCGGCAGCUACGACGACUGCAAUUGCGAUGGUUAUGCGUCAAGCAUGUGGACGAUCUCCAUCAACUCAGCCAUCAACGACGGCAGGACUGCCUUGUACGACGAGAGCUGUUCUUCCACCUUAGCAUCCACCUUCAGCAAUGGGAGGAAGAGGAAUCCCGAGGCUGGUGUGGCCACCACAGACUUGUACGGCAACUGUACUCUGAGACAUUCUGGGACAUCUGCAGCCGCUCCUGAGGCGGCUGGCGUGUUCGCCCUGGCGCUGGAGGCUAACCUGGAUCUGACCUGGAGAGACAUGCAGCAUCUGACUGUGCUCACCUCAAAGCGGAACCAGCUCCACGAUGAAGUCCAUCAAUGGCGACGGAAUGGGGUUGGCCUGGAAUUUAAUCACCUCUUUGGCUAUGGUGUCCUCGAUGCAGGUGCCAUGGUGAAAAUGGCUAAAGACUGGAAAACUGUCCCUGAGAGAUUCCACUGUGUGGGAGGCUCCGUCCAGAACCCUGAAAAAAUACCACCCACUGGCAAGUUGGUACUGACCCUCCAAACAGAUGCAUGUGAGGGGAAAGAAAACUUCGUCCGCUACCUCGAGCAUGUCCAAGCGGUCAUCACAGUCAACGCGACCAGGAGAGGAGACCUGAACAUCAACAUGACCUCCCCCAUGGGCACCAAGUCCAUUUUGCUGAGCCGGCGUCCAAGAGACGACGACUCCAAGGUGGGCUUUGACAAGUGGCCUUUCAUGACCACCCACACCUGGGGGGAGGAUGCCCGAGGGACCUGGACCCUGGAGCUGGGGUUUGUGGGCAGUGCGCCACAGAAGGGGUUGCUGAAGGAAUGGACCCUGAUGUUACACGGCACCCAGAGUGCCCCAUACAUCGAUCAGGUGGUGAGGGAUUACCAGUCUAAGCUGGCCAUGUCCAAGAAGCAAGAGCUGGAGGAGGAGCUGGACGAAGCCGUGGAAAGGAGUCUGCAGAGUAUCCUGCGGAAGAACUAGGGCCAUGCUUCCAUCGCCACCGCCCCUCCUCCCUGUCUCUGCCUCUGUCCUUGCUCCACGGUUCUGGCCGCCACCAGCCACCCAGCAAUUCCUGUUACCCCCAUACAAACAACCCCAGCCUGGUCUGCAGCUUUGCUCACUGUCCAUGAUUAUUUUCACUACAAUGGAAGCAAUCAUUUUUAAUUCUGUAGCCCAAAUACAGCAUUCCUACCAACAUCUAUGUCCUAUGUGUGACUCGACCUUUAUUUCUGUCCUGUAAGUGGGUGAUACACUGUAAACAAAACAGGUAAAUCUUUGUCCUCAAUUUUUUUUUCCAUAUCUGAGAAGAAAAAAAGAACGCAUCUAAAAAGCCACACUUGGUGGCUCAGGAACACAUGUGGUCUCAGCCAAAGUGCUGUUACACUCAUGGAAGUGCAAGCUGGCAGGGUGAGCUCCGCAGCUCCAGCACAGGGUGGGCGGUGGCUUGAACGAAGCAAGACUAUUCUGGGAUGUAAACUGAGGUUGCACGAUGAAAUAGAUGACAUCCCUAGGGAACCCCAAACACUGGGCAGGGUGAGGAAACUUCAAAGACACACACAUGGAAAAUUCACCACCAAUACCCAAAUCGUGUUCCUUCCGCCCAGCCAGGGUGACAUAAAACUGAAGCAUAUGACUCUUCUGUCCCCAGCUGCUGCUCUGAAUUGGUAUAGAAUUAACUGGAGCAGCCAAAAAUGCCUGUCUUGCACACAGUUCAUCCACACACCCUCAGUUCCCCGGUACCCUUUACACGGCCACCCAAGGGGGAAAGCCGCAAGGCAGGUCACGCAGCUGUCUGACGAAGGGCAGUUUACCGUUUUAGAAACAGGAGCAUUCCUUCUCCUGGGGGGGGGGGGGGUUAGACGUCUUUGACGUGACAUAACCAAGAGGUAACAGGUUUUCUGUUUUGUUUUGUGUUGCAUUUUGAUUUGUUGUUGAUAGCUUUACCCACAUCCACUUGAGCUUGGAUUUCCCAAAAGCAUCACUGGAGUGCAGUGUCUCCCUUCCUCAAAUUGUGCUUUCAUUGAUGUGCCGGGCAAACGGGCCACUGUCCCAGAAGUAGCCGGUAGAUGAAAGGGGUACAUCAGAAGACACAAGUGUCCAUAUUCAAGUGGACCUAGACUUGCAAGGAGCCUGUCCCACUAAGAGGGACAUGUGCCACCUCAUUCCCUAUAACUGGAGGCCAGAAGGAAGCAAGCGACAGCCUCUUUUAGAAAAGCACAUAUCAUCUUGGCAACUCAAACCCUUGAGAAUCUCUAACAAGGGGACAGUUGUCAACCUUAAAUGACAUCAUUUCAUUUCCAAACAGUUAUUACCAAAGUCACCCAUGGUCACUUGGUGUCCCCACCCAACGAUUGGCGUCUUGCUCAAAUCUCAGUGUUCAGUCAUCCCACCCCCAUCCCCAGCACUGGGGUCCCCAUUCCCUAAGGGCAGCAUCUUUAAGAGAGAAUCGUGGAAAGCUUCUUUCAUUCUUUUUCUCCAUCAUAUUAGCAAGAAUCUCGACUUCUCUGACACCUUGUAACUUUCCCUGUAUCAUGCUUUUCAGUGUAAUAAUAUUUAUGAUUUUUUAAAGAAAUUUAUUACUUGUUGCAAAAGUCUUUUUCAACCACCUUAUAUUUAAAGAAAAAAAUGGUAAUCACUGAAAAUUCAUUUCACGUUAAUGGUCUGGAAAUAAACCAAAGGACAUUAUGUGUGCAUGUAUGCAUAAGUGCACACAGAAAUAUAUAUACAUAUGUAGACUAUAUACAUGUGUAUAUGUGUGUAUAUAUAUACUUGUAAAAAUGUACAUACACACAUAUACCUAAAUAUGUGUGUAUUCUGUAUGUACUGAAGAAAUAGCCACCAUAUACAUCUCUAAAAGAGUAUUCAGAAAAUAUCAUAAUGAUUCUGGCUGAAUAAAAGGCCGGUGGAUAUUCAGGUGAAAUGUCUGUUCAUCUCUUCCCAAUAUGACACCUCUGUAAUUUUGAAGCUCUCUGUAUAAACAUUAAUGUCUUAUAUAAGCAGCAGAAAUAUAACAUAGUUGUCCAUAUUUUCACAUUUGUGGUAUAAUUUAUGAAAUUAGAGAGUAACUUAUCAGCUUCUUAAUAUAAAUGGCAAGUUUUGAUAUGAGUAUAUAGUAUAUAAAGGUAUAUAAUGCUAAAUAUAAUAUUUGGUCUCUAUUUCAUUUUUGGCAUCAGUAUUAACACAAAACUAUGUCUACACAGUGAUGUUUUUAUGAUGCCCUUGAUUUUAAUGCAAGAGACAGUUAUUUAUUUUCAAAACUGAAAAUAAGUAAAUAACAAUCAGGUUAAUAUUGUUACUCCAUGACAAAAAAAAUUUUUAAGGAAAUUUUAAAAAUAUGUUGUACAUUAGGAGGCUAAACAAUAAAAUAUA